UCCAACCUUCUUCUCCAUUUCAGAUGCAAGAUGUGAUCCUUGAAGGAGCCGAUGGAAAAUCAAACAGAAAUCAAAGAAUUUGUCUUCCUGGGUUUUUCAAACUUCCCAGAGCCCCAAUCUUUGUUCUUCCUUGUGUUUCUGACCAUGUACGUCACCACCUUGUUUGGAAAUGGCCUCAUCCUGGCCACUGCUUUUCUGGAUUCCAGCCUUCAGACGCCCAUGUACUAUUUCAUCCGGCAUCUCUCCUUCCUGGACAUGUGCUACACUACAGUCACUCUUCCCCAUAUGCUGAAAAACUUGUUGGCAGAGUCCUCAAAGGCCAUUUCCUUUGAGGGCUGCCUGGUCCAGGUUUACUUCCUGGUGGCCUUUGUGGGAGUAGAGUGCCUCCUGCUGGCCGUGAUGGCAUAUGACCGCUACGUCGCCAUCUGCCGUCCCCUCACUUACACCCUCCUCAUGAACCAAACAUUAUGUGCCCAGUUGGUGGUGGCCUCAUGGAUUUGCGGCCUCCUCAACUCUGUCCUGCACACAGCCAUGACCUCUCUUGUGCCCUUCUGUGCCACUCACAAACUGGACCAUUUGUUCUGUGAUGUCCCCCAGCUGCUUAAGCUGUCUUGCGCGGACACUUUCCCCAACCAAAUCACUUUGUUGGUGGUAACCAUGCUGCUUGGGGUCAGCCCUUUCUUCUGCAUUGUGGUUUCUUACAUCCAUAUUGUCGCGGCAGUCUUGAGGAUCCGCACAUCCCAGGGUCGCCGCAAAGCCUUCUCCACAUGUGCAUCUCACCUCACAGUGGUCACCUUAUUCUACACCACUUGCAUGUUUAAUUAUAACCGACCCAGUUCUAAACACCCAGCAUAUAUUGACACUCUGGCUUCGGUGCUUUACAAUGUAGUGACCCCAAUGCUGAACCCUAUCAUCUACUGCCUGAGAAACAAGGAAAUGAAGGAGGCUCUCAAACGAGUGCUCAGUCCCAAAAGGUCACUGUUCCUGUGGUCCAAUAGUGGGCCAAAUUCCUAA